AUGAGCAAGCGCAAGCGCAGCGCUUUCCUCCUGUGCGACGAGGAACCGGACGUCCACAUCCUUGUCGCGCGCGCCACGGAACCUAUUUCCGCGCACUUCGAUGUACUGCGGCUUUACAGUGGAUGCGCCCAGGACCUUCCACGAGGCGAAGGAGGAGCCCCCACUAUAUGGAACCUACGCAAUCUACUUCUUGAGGGCGAGUCAGACCCUGUAUCGCCAAGCGUGGUCGAGAGUUGGUUGGACAUGGUAUACUCCCACGUCGACACUAGCCGGCGCAAGAGGACAUUUUUACGCCUGCAAGAAGUCAAGCCGCUGGUGCUCUUUGCGGACGCCGUGUGUACCUGUGAUGCUGCCAUGCGGGAGUUGUGCGACAUGCUCGUCAACCAGACGGCGUUGCAGCUGGAUGUACCGCUAGGCGAGGAAACCCUGCAAAUUAUGCUUCAGGGUCGCAUUUACUACGUCAGAGACCUGGAGGGCCUCACCUCCAUCAGCACUACCGAUGGCUCGCCGAGCGCCAUCGAAGCUCCAAAGGCUGUGUACGCUCUGCACGCCAAGAAUUUUACCACCACCCUCGGUCAGCAGCUAGAGUCAUGGCUGUAUCUGGCGGGCCGACUACAGAUGUUGCCGCUGGUUCAACUCCUCAUCAACUUUAUCAAGACGCAGCUCCUUGCAGGCUGCAGCUCGCCUCUUGCAGCGGCCGUGGGCAACAUCUACAGUCCUCGCGUCCUGCAGUGCAUGCCACGCGAGUUGCUGUAUGCGGGGUUCCUGCGGGACACCCUGUUGUACCGUCCCAACGACCUGCAGCUCAAGACAAUUCCAGACGGUUUAAAAGUAAAACUCGUGACGGCCGAAGCCGCUACGGCGCUCCGGCUGUACAGUCAUAGUGAUGUUCUUCAUGACCUGGCGCCAGGCAAGUCUAUCGAGAAUGCACAUUUACUACACUUGAGCAACCGCUCACGUGUGGCCAAACCGUUGCACAACGCGCCCGUUAACGUGUCGGUUGGUGGGCUCAAUGCGAAACUAUGUGAGAAGAUCGUGCAAGCGGCGUUGGACAAGGCCAUUGCCCAUGAGUAA